UCUAUAUAAAACAUCUUCGAUAUGACCAACCCAAGUCUGGGGCAAACCCCGGCUCCAACCUCCGAACCUCGGAGAAUCCGAGCUCUCCGCAAAGGAAAAAGCGCGGAGAGUCAUUCCGCUGUCGCAUCGGCUGAGCUCCGACAGGCCAGCCCCGAUUAUAUUCUUAUCCGCCAGACCAUCCCCUCACUUUCUUCAACUCAAUUGAUUCUCUUUUUUCCUUCGUUGCAACAAGUCAUAUUCUCUCGCAAAACAACAUGGCGUCUGCGAUCAAGGCUCAGUGCAGAAAGGUCAUCUGCAUUGGCAGAAACUAUGCCGACCACAUCACCGAGUUGAACAAUACGAAGCCCAAGCAGCCCUUCUUCUUCCUCAAGCCUGCCUCCUCCAUUCUCCUUCCCGGCCAGGGUCCUGUCCUACGCCCUCAAGGGAUCAAGCUGCACUAUGAAGUCGAACUCGGCCUGGUGAUGGGUAAGACGGUCCGCGACCUCGACCCCGAGGACAGCCAGGGCGCAUUGGAUGCGAUUCACAGCUAUCUCCUUGGAAUCGACAUGACUGCGCGCAACGUUCAGGAAGAGGCCAAGAAGAAGGGCCUCCCGUGGACCAUCGCCAAGGGAUUCGACACCUUCCUGCCUGUGUCCCAGGAGAUCUCCAAGGCCCGUCUGCCGGAUCCCCACAAUGCGUUCCUCCGCCUGAGCGUGGGCUCCGAGGAGCGCCAGGCCGACUCGACCGGCUUGAUGCUCUACCGCAUCCCUCGCCUGCUGGCUGAGAUCUCGCGCGUCAUGACGCUCGAGAAGGGCGACCUUGUCCUGACCGGUACCCCCAAGGGCGUGGGUGAGGUCAAGUCCGGCGAUGUGAUGACGGCGUCCAUCGAGGUGGACGGCAAGGAGCUCGAGGAGAGUCGGAUCGAGGUGCAGGUGCAGGAUCGCGAGGGUCGCUACCGGUACGCCGAGACCUAGACAGGUGGUCUCUCAGAACUGUAUAGUGCCUAAAAGCUCAGUAUUAUAUACAUACACAUCAUACCCC